ACAGUUACGUAUAUGAAAAAACUGUUAUCCAAUUAUUGAGGACUUUGGACUUUAGAUACAAAUUAAUUUUAUUGUGUUACUGAAGAACUAAUAAUUGAAUAGCAAUAUUUUAAAUUAUUGUUGUAAAAGAUGUUUACUGCGUGUUUUAGAACACUAAAAGUUAGUAAUAAAUAUGGGUUAUUGGCACGAUAUGAAUCUACGUUAGUUAUCGCAGAACAUAAUAAUGAAAUUGUUCUUCCUAUUACCUGUAAUGCGUUAAGCGCAGCAAAAAAAAUUGGCGGAGAUGUAACAGUUUUAGUUGCUGGUAAUAAAUGUAAAAAAGUAGCAGAAACUGUUAGUAAAGCUAAUGGUGUGUCUAAAGUGCUUGUAGCAGAAAAUGAUGCAUUUAAAGGAUUUUUACCAGAAGCAUUAACUCCUCUGAUUAUUGCAACUCAAAAUCAACAUAAAUUUACACAUAUUUUAGCUGGUGCCACUGCCUUUGGUAAAGCAUUAUUACCAAGAGUUGCAGCUAAAUUAGAUGUAUCUCCUGUAAGUGAUAUUAUUGGAAUCAAGACUGCAGAUACAUUUGUUCGUACAAUUUAUGCUGGAAAUGCAAUUCAAACUUUAAAAUGUAAAGAUAAUGUAAAAGUAAUUUCGGUGAGAGGUACUGCGUUUGAAGCAGUACCUUUAGAAGGGGGCAGUGCUAAGUGUGAGCCUGCACCAAACGGUGAAUACAAAUCAUCAUUAGUAGAAUUUGUCAAACAAGAGUUGAGCAAAUCUGACAGGCCAGAAUUAACAUCUGCAAAGAUUGUUGUAUCAGGGGGAAGAGGGAUGAAAUCUGGAGAAAACUUUAAAUUAUUAUAUAGUCUAGCAGAUAAACUUAAUGCAGCAGUUGGUGCUUCGCGUGCUGCUGUCGAUGCUGGUUUUGUACCUAAUGAUUUACAAGUCGGACAAACUGGAAAAAUUGUUGCUCCAGAUUUAUACAUUGCCGUGGGUAUAUCUGGGGCAAUUCAACAUCUUGCCGGUAUGAAAGAUUCAAAGAUAAUUGUUGCAAUUAACAAGGAUCCUGAAGCUCCAAUCUUCCAAGUAGCUGAUUAUGGUUUGGUUGCUGAUUUAUUUAAAGCUGUACCUGAACUUACAGAAAAGUUGUAAAUUUUAACUUGAUAUUUUAUACGUAUAUAUGUGUAGAUCAGUAUGUAUACAACAAAUUUAUUAACAA